AUGCGGAGAAUCAGGAGGGAGGAUCGGUACAAAGGAUGGGUAUGUAGCUUUUCCUUAAUCGCUUUACAGAGUUAAUAGAAAAAAAAACUAGAAAAAGCCAAGAAAACGGACACUAGUAAGCGUUUCAAUGGUAUAUUAUCGAAAAUGUGUUUCCUCGGGCGUCCGCAUCUUAAAACAAUUUGCAACGGAUUGCUAAGGAUAUAAAAAAAUUGCAGGAUUUUCAUGCGAUGAAUAUCAUCACCCUCCUCACACUUUUGCAAUAUAGAAAAAGAGUUUUUUCUGUCACAUUUUUUCUUGCUUUGUUUUGUUGUAGGCAAACAUGCAAGUCAUUCUUUGGAAGAAACUGAAGACAUUGAAAAAGGAAAUGUGUUUAGCUGUAAAAAAAAAACUGAAAAGACUGCCUACUCCAAACGGAAAUGACAUCAAGGUCAGAUAACUAAACAGUCAAACCAGUUAUUACUGCAAUAAGUGUAAUAAUUACUGGUUUUGUUUGCACUCUUGACAGAUAAUUUACAGAGCUACAGGUCAUUCCCAAAUAAUAAAGUAGCCAGCCCAUCCCCUACCUAGCAUUAGCUAACCAUUUUGUAAUACAGUCAAUCACUGUGUUAACUGAUAGGGCUGUCAUUAAUAUAACAACUGGUAAAGUUAACCAAACACUUCUGAAGAUGAUACAGGUGUUAAAAAAUUCACUACUGUUGCACCCUCCAAUAAUUAAUGAGAGUCUUGAAAAUUUUUUAUUAAAAAUCUAAAACAUGAAUCACAGCUUAUGAUGAACAGUACAGGAAAGGCAUUACUAUGGCACAGAAUGCAUGAACUCAUAUUACACUUUCUGUAUAGUAGAUGCCCAGUGUGUAGAAGACAUCAGAAGACCUCAUUUGCACUUAUACAACUGAUUUUACUGUGGCUGAUAUUAAUAUACUACGAAAAUUAAUAAUAUAGAUAUAUAUAUAAUAAUAUAAAAUUAAUUAUAGAUGACACUUGGUAGGUAUCUGUGUGAACAGCAAUGGGAUUGCAGCUAAAAUCUUUAUGGGUACAUAAUUUGAUCUCUAAUUUAUAAUAAUUAUUCAUCUCUGUUUUUAUACUCAAACCAUCAUUAAAUAAAAUAAUUAUUAAUACCAUCAUGAUCUUCUUUAAGGCAAAACAAUCACAAGAAAAGAAAAGGAGCUCUACUGCAAAGAAAAUAUCACCAGCAUAUUGCAGCCUCUCAUGAGCUGUUAAAGCAGGAGCCACUUCAUUAUAGAAAUAAAGCAAAGGUCAGUAAUGCUACCUAAUGUAAUUUACAAACUUUAUUUUUUUAAUGCAAUAUUAUAUGCCAGAAGAAUCAUAUUCAGGAUAUUGUUUUACUAUACAGAUUGAAGAUUAUGAUCCAGUUGAAGAUAUACACAAGUUGUUUAACCAUGACAACUCAUUUGCAGAAGGUAAUACUGCACCAGUUAGAAUAACAUUAUUUUGUAGACAUAUCAACUUUUAAUGUUUAUAAUAUAAUACUGUUUAAUAAUAUUAAUCAGGUUUACAUUCAGGAAAUCAACAGGAUCUUUACAUAUAGACUAACACUUUUAAAACAGAUUUGCAGGGUGCAAAGAAAAUUUGUUUUACAGCUUGCCAGCACCUCGCAAGUCCAAGCCUGAGAGUCAUUUUAAGUAGUGCUAACAAGAUUUCUUAUCAGCAGAAUUGCCAAAUCAGCUUUUAAAAAAGUUUUCUAUCUACAUGAAUUUAUAAAGAAAUAAAAACAAUUUUUUCUUAUAAUGCUUCUAUAAUUAGAAUUCCUCCAAAAAACAUCACUUGAUCAUCAGGUAAGUUAAGAACAGAAUUUGCUGGCCCAAUCACAAAAUCCACUAAUCAUGCGCUAUCUGAUGCAAUUUUCUUUGCUCACUGAUAUGACCAGCGUGUCCUCAUUAUAAAAAGCAACAUAUCCCAUUAAAAUACAUGUAAGUGCAUAAAUUAACUGCUAUGAACUGUGAAAUAAUAUAAAUUAAUAAUAUUGUAAUAACUAGAAGUAACAUCAAUUUUCCAAUCCAACAGAUAUCAAAAGUAACAUCCAAGUGGAUCCCUGUGAAGCAAAUGAGAAGGAGGUUAUCAAAGGAGGAACAGGAGAAGGUACCCUUCAAUAUUGACAUUAUCAAGGGGAAGGGCACAAAAUUACAAUAUAAUUUUUGACCAUUCCCAUCAGGGAAAAUUAUUCGAAAGGUGCCCUUCACUGGAUAAAUCCCUCUCCAGUGGAAUACAUUAUCAAUAUUUUCUAUUUCCCUAAACUUAUCCCCCAUGCAUGUUUCAACAACUGGGACCUGGUCUACAAAGUACAAAAUGUUGCUACGUAGAAAGAAUUAAUUCAGUCACAUGUAAAACCACUGUUUGAUCUUGGUAAUAUUUUAUUAUGUUACAGCUGCACAUUUAUGGGGACAAAUCUCGAGCCUUUAAGUCCUAUAGUAACAAAUAUCAUUUUUCCCUACAGUAUCAAUAUCAAUAAACAAAAGAAAAGUUCUAUGAGAAUUAAUGAAAUGAUCAGAUGAGGGAAAAUACUUUUACUCUAAAUUUAACACUCCUGAAGGAAGGGUAUCAGAAUAUAGUGGCUUCAAGAGUUCAUGGUAAUAUAGCCCAACUUAAUGCACGAUUAUUAUUUAGAUCUAUUUUUGUUUCAUCUUCUCGGCACUGAAACUUCAAUGAUGGUUGUGCUUUUGUGAAAGAGAACAAAACAAUUUUUACUGUCUCUCUUUUGAAGUUAAAUAAGACUGCAAACUUCUUUUCUUUCAAAGGAACGUCUUCUCAAAGUUGCGCCAUUGCUGGGUGCAAAAAUACAUGUGGGACAGCAGCAAAGUGUAUCAAGAGUCUCAAAGGUCUCUAUGAAAUUGAUGAUCAGUGGGUCCAUCUUCACAAUACUGAAGUUGAAACCCUUAAAGUGUGUAAUGUGCACUACAACAGGGAUCAGCGCCGCCACCAGAAGUUUUCAGGGCCAAGACAUGCCCUCACAAACAUGACUUGUUUAUCAUGCAGCAAGUCAGUGAAGACCACCCAAGCCUUCCCUUGCAACCAACAUUUAAUUGGCUUACCAAAUGAUGGAACAUCUGUUAACUGUGCAGUAUCUUGCUGCUUUUUUGCAGAAUGUUCUCCACAGAAUUCAAAGGUUAUUGAAAAUGAAUAUUUGUAUACAAGCGACAAUGUUUCUUCUGCAACAUGUUUCAUCUGCAUGGACUGCAAAGGGCCAUUUGUUGAAUUAAUAAAGAAGAGGAAAGCAUAUGAAGGACAGCAAGAAAUGGUAAGAGGGCUAUUAGAAGGGAAAUUGAAUGAAGAAAAAAGCAAAAACCAAGGCAAGGCAAGCAAGGUACAUCAAAUUAAACCAGAGGAAGUCCUUGAAAGUAUCUUGGAAGCCACCAAAGAAGAAGAGGACUUCUUCGUGGGAUUUGGCGACAAGAAAUCUACCCUCUCUCUUUCGAAAAAGACAUUCAUUAAUGGCUUGGCUACCAGUAACAAAAAAUUAAUAGUUCACUUCCUCAAAGAUUCUGUUAUUGCUAAACAAAUAGCACUUGGACAAAUUAUAAAAACCCAGUAUCUUGUCCACCCACAUAAAAAGAUCUCCUUAACAAGUCUCACUGAAGAAAUCUUGUCACAAUAUAACAGCCUUCAAGUUCUACCAAUAUGUCAUGGGGUCUUUGAAGAACAAUGGGUAUCUGCAUGUGAAGAAUACAACCAUAAAAACAAGUACCAAAACGGAAAAAGAAUGUUUCAUGUAGAUGUAUCCCAUACCCUGAAAAAUCCAAAACAGAAAAUGAGCACCAUCAACAAAACUGUACGAAGUACUGAUUUCAAUGGAAGCAAGUGUAAAGUGGUAUUGCCUUCAAGCAAU